AUGUCUGGAGUACUGCGUAGCGUCAAGAAUGUCACAAAGGGCUACUCGGCGGUGCAGGUCAAAGUGCGCAAUGCCACCAGCAAUGCGCCUUGGGGCCCGACCGGUACGGAUAUGGCCGAUAUUGCCAAAAUCACAUUCAACAGCUCGACCGACUUCUACGAGGUUAUGGACAUGCUCGACAAGCGACUCAACGACAAGGGAAAGAAUUGGCGCCACGUGCUGAAGAGUCUCAAGGUGCUCGACUACUGUCUGCACGAGGGCUCUGAGCUCGUCGUGACCUGGGCGCGGAAGAACAUAUACAUCAUCAAAACUCUGCGCGAGUUUAUGCACACGGAUGACGACGGCCGGGAUGUUGGCGCGAGCAUCCGCGCGUCGGCCAAGGAAUUAACAUCCCUGGUGCUGGACGAAGAGAGACUGCGUGCCGAGCGAGCCAACCGGGGUUCAUGGAAGUCGCGUGUGACAGGUUUGGAGGAGUUUGGUCUGGGCGGAGAGGAUCCAAGCUCGAGCUUGAAUACGCCACGGCGUCACCGACAACAGAGACCGCAGAGGGAUGAUGAAGACGAUCUCGAAUACCGGCUCGCGUUGGAGGCGUCGAAGAACGAGGCCGAGAUGGAAGCCCAGCGUAGAAAGGGUGGCCAUGCAGAGGAGACCGAUGACGAUUUGGCCAAGGCUAUCAAGCUCAGCAAGGAGGAGGAGGAAGCGCGGAAGCGCCAGCUCGAAGAUCAGACUCAGAGUGACCUGUUGUUCGAUGACACGCCCGUUCAAGCACCGCAGCCGACUGGCUUCAACCAGGGCUAUCAGCAACAGGCUGCGGUAGACUGGUUUGGCAACCCCGUCCAGCAGCAGCAGACUGGAUACGUCGAAAAUGCAUAUAGCCAGCCAACUGGCCUGCAACCCCAGCAGACCGCUUUCCAGAACGGCUAUGGCAACAACUUUGGAUAUCAACAGCCCCAGCCAACGGGCUACGAGCAAAUGCAACAACCGCAAGCGCAGUUUCUUCAGCCGCAAAACACCUAUAAUCCUUGGGCACAGCAGAUGAACAAUGGUUUCAGCCAGCAGUCACAGCAGCAGCAGCAGCCCAUUCAGGAGCAGCCCACUGCAGCAGGCUCUAACAACCCCUGGGCGUCGACGCAGCCCGCAGCCAGCCCUAUUGGCAUCCAGCCUACGGGCUCCAACAAUCCCUUCGCCUCCCAACCUCAACGCCAAGCCACGGCAUCUCCAUUCCGUAGUCAGCCUACCCUCUCCAGUCUUGCCGAACAACAAGCAUCGAACCAGUUCAAUGCUCGUCCGAACCCAAUUCAGAACUUCACAGCCCCACAGCCGCAACCUCCACUCCAGCCUCAACAGACCGCAAAACAACAAGCUCCUGUCGAUCCAUACCAAGCCAAGCUAAACCACCUGCUCUCCACCGGCGAAGGCCAAGACACAUUCGGAAACAUUGGCGACAUGCGGAUUCCGGCCCAACAUACUGCACCGGGUACAUAUGUGAACAGUGCCGGCCUGGGUAGUAUGGGAAGAUUGGAGGCGAGUCGAACAGGCAACAAUCCAUUUUUCAAUCAGCACUCGCAGCCCCAACCACAAAUGCCCGCGCAAACUGGCCCUGCAGGCGGGUUUGGAGGCAAUCCGUUUGGUGCGCAACCGCAACAGCAACAGCAGCAAGGGUAUGGAGGGCAACAGCCAGGGCAAGGUGGAAGCUUGAUCGACCUAUGA